AUGGGGGACGCCAACGGCAGCAGUAUGCACGUCGUGCUGCUGCCAUGGCUGGCCUUCGGCCACAUCCUCCCCUUCACGGAGCUCGCCAAGCGCAUAGCUCGGCAGGGCCACCGGGUCACCCUCUUCUCCACGCCAAGAAACACCCGGCGGUUAAUCCGCAUCCCUCCAGAACUCGCGGGGCAAAUCCGCGUCGUGGACAUCGCCCUGCCCCGCUUGGAGCGCCUGCCGGAGGACGCCGAGGCGAGCAUAGACCUCCCAUCCGACGACCUCCGCCCGUACCUCCGCGUAGCAUACGACGCCGCCUUCUCCGACAAGCUCUCGGCUAUCCUGCAAGAGUCCGGACCGGAGCGGCCGGACUGGGUGGUCAUCGACUACGCCGCGUACUGGGCGCCCGCGACCGCGGCGAGGCACGGCGUGCCGUGCGCGUUCCUGAGCCUGUUCGGCGCCGCGGCGCUCAGUUUCUAUGGGCCCCCGGAGGGGCUCAUGGGACGCGGCAAGUACGCCAGGACGAAGCCGGAGGACCUCACCGUGGUGCCCGAUUACGUGCCGUUCCCGACCACUGUCGCGCACCGCGGCUUCGAGGCGCGCGAGCUGUUCAAGCCAGGCUUGGUCCCGGACGACUCCGGCGUGUCGGAGGGCCACCGGUUCGGCGUGUCCAUCGGAGAAAGCCAGGUCGUAGGCAUCCGGAGCAGAACUGAGCUUGAGUCGGAGUGGCUGCAGGUGCUUGACAAGCUCUACCAGAAGCCGGUGAUCCCGGUCGGCCUGUUCCCUCCGCCGCCCACACAAGACAUCGCUGGCCACGAGGCGUCUUUGCGGUGGCUGGACAGACAGGCUCGGGGCUCCGUCGUGUACGCGGCCUUCGGCAGCGAGGCCAAGCUGACGAGCGCGCAGCUCCAAACAAUCGCGCUAGGUCUGGAGGCUUCCGGCCUGCCGUUCAUCUGGGCGUUAAGGCCGCCAGCCGACGGCGACGCCGAACCCGGACAAGGCACAGGCGGGUUGCCGGAAGGCUUCGAGGAGCGUGUCAAUGGCCGGGGAUUGGUCUGCCGCGGCUGGGUGCCUCAACCCAGGCUGUUGGCCCAUGAAUCGGUUGGUGGGUUUCUGACCCAUGCCGGCUGGAACUCCAUCUCCGAAGGCCUCUCGCGGGGCGUCAGGAUGGUGCUGCUGCCGCUGAUGUUCGAUCAGGGCCUCAACGCCAGGCUUCUUGUGGAGAAGAAGAUCGGCAUUGAGGUGGAGAGGGACGAAGACGACGGCACGUUCGCGCCCAAAGACAUCGCGGAUGCUCUGAGGACGGCCAUGGUGGAGAACCAAGGCGGGACUAGGGUCAAGGAACUGGCCGAGCUUGAAGGGGCUGGCAAGAUGAUCAGUGUGGGGAAGGCGAAGCAGUACGCCAACGUCCUUGACAAGCCCCUCAGCCGUGGCAGGCAGGAGGUCAGUUUGAGUGCAUUUGCAUUCUUGUUCUCUGAGUUGGUUCAGUACAACCAGACUCAAGUUGACAAUAUUACUGAGCUGGAACGGAGGCUGGAGGAUGCUGGUUAUGCGGUUGGUGUAAGGGUGCUUGAACUACUCUGUCACAGGGAGAAGGGAAAUAGACGAGAGACACGACUUCUGGGUAUUUUAUCAUUCAUCCACAGUACUGUUUGGAAAGUGUUGUUUGGAAAGGUGGCUGACUCACUUGAGAAGGGAACAGAACAUGAUGAUGAAUACAUGAUCAGUGAAAAGGAGCUUCUUGUUAACCGUUUCAUUUCCGUGCCAAAAGACAUGGGAGCAUUCAACUGUGGAGCUUUUGUUGCGGGGAUUGUAAAGGGUGUAUUAGAUAAUGCUGGCUUUCCUGCCGUAGUUACUGCACAUUUUGUGCCAAUUGAAGGUCAGCAAAGGCCAAGGACGACAAUCCUGAUAAAGUUUGCUGAAGAGGUUUUACACAGAGAAGCAAGACUGGGCUGA